CUUUUUCCCCAAAUAUUUCUCUCCCAAUCUUCUCUCUUUUUCGCCCUUUAUGCGUGACUUGCGCAACAUUCCAAAUCUCAUGCCAAACUCUCCUGAUCCUCCUUCACUCAUACCCUGCGCACCCCCAAACCCUUACCUGCGCACGUUAGCCCAACCACCUAAUCCACCGCCACCGUCCAUGGCGUCCUCUCGCCUUCCGCCGCCGUCGAAGCCCCUCGACCUCGACCUGACGAUCGUCUCCGCCAAGCACCUCAAGAACGUCAACUGGCGCAACUUCGGUGAACUCAAGCCCUACGCCGUCUUCUGGCUCGACCCCGACCGCCGUCUCGCCACGAAGUCCGACGACUCGGGCUCCACCCGCCCCGUCUGGAACGAGCGCUUCACCCUCCCCCUCACCGCCUCCCUCCACGACUCCUUCCUCACCCUCGAGAUCUUCCACUCCAAACCCUCCGACACCACCAAACCCCUCGUCGGAACCCUCCGGGUCCCACUCAAGGACCAGCCCGAUCUCGACGACCCGAACCGAAUCCGCACUUUCACUCUCAUCCGCCCCUCCGGCCGCCCCCAGGGUAAGAUCCGAAUAAAGCUCGCCGUUCGCGAAAGGCCUCUCCCGCCAGAUUACCAUAUUACCCCUCCACCGAGCUAUUUUUACUCCACUGCCCCUCCCCCUACCCGCGACUACAGGGCGUACUCGCCCUCACCGGCGACUUCUCCGUCUCCUCCGCCGCUGUCGCCGUAUCAUUACAGCUCGUAUCACGACGCGUAUUCCGGGUAUUACCCCGGGUACUACUCUAGCGCCCCGCCUCCGCCGUUGCAUCCGAGGCCGUUCUUCGACCGGCCCGUGGGCUACGGUGGGCCCAGUGGGCCGUCCGCGCCCGUGGACUACUCGCCGUACGAGCAGAAGCCGAAGAGCGGGAAGAUGGGGCUCGGGACGGGAUUGGCUGCGGGCGCGGUCGCGGGAGCUUUGGGUGGACUCGCCCUGGAAGAAGGGUUGAAGUACGAGGAAGAGAAGAUUGCUGAUCGGGUCGAGAACGACUUGGCGGCGCGUGACGAUUACAGCGAUUAUCACCGCCCUGAAUAUUGAAGUAAUUUGGUUUUAGUUAUGGUAAGAUAUAAUGACUAAUUUGAAGCAUUAGCUUGCGUUUGUGGCGUAUAUGUUUAUAUAUGUAUAUGUAUAUAUAU